UCUCCCUCUUCUUCGGGUUUGUUAACUGUCACAGUGAACCCAACCGGGUAGAAUUGAAAGGACGGUAAUGUACUUUACUGUUUGUUACUUCCGUGUCAAGACCCAAAUGAAUCAGGUUGACAAUCAAAUCAGAACAGCCGAUCCUCUCAACGGUUAAUUGAGCUUUCAGUUGUGCAAAAUUGCCAUCGUCAGUAGACUGAAUUGCUACUACGUAAUUCGAAACUUUGUACUGCGUGACUUCUAAAGUGGACCCCAUUCCAUCAAUCCUUGGCAAAAACCACAAACCACAGCUUCCAGUGGCUUGACUUGUGGCGCCUCUCUGAUGUGGCUCAAGCUUGCUUAGCAAACCGACCUCAGAUGGCACGACGGACCUAGGCAGGUUAUCUACCUAUGUUACAUAAUCACUUACUUACCUACCAGCCCACUUUUCCAGCGCGUCGCCGUCGCGAUCCGUUCCUGCGACGAAACCUGUUCGAGAUAUCGAUUGGCGCAAUCGCAAAGCUCCCCAAGCCUCGCACAAGUCAAGUUGAACCCAAACAAUCACCUCAAUUCAAACGCCUGCCAAAAUGCCUCCAGCAAUAAGUGACGACGACAUGUCCGACGGCAGUAACGACCUUGACGUUGUGCCCAGGCGAGACAAGAAGGCCGCGCAUUCCGAUGACGAAGACGACGAGGAUGACUUUAAGGAAGCCACCAACGGCGCCGCAGUAGAAGAGGAAGAGGAAGAGGGGGAUGAAGGAGAGGAAGAGGAAUACGUGGUAGAGAAGAUCUUGUCGCACAGGAUUGACGAAAGCGACGGUAAAUUGCGGUUCGAGGUGAAGUGGGAGGGCUUCGAGAAGAAGUCCGACAGGACAUGGGAGCCUUUGGAGAACCUGCAGGGCUCGGCCGAUGAGAUACUCGACGAAUACCUGCAGGAGCACGGCACGGUUGCAGAGCUAUACGAAAGCUUCAGCAAGGCCACAAAGACCAAGAAGCGUGGCCGACCAUCGGCGGGCGCGACGCCGGGUUCGACCAAGAAGUCACGCAAGAACGGCGAUCACCCCUUAGACUCGGAGCCGCCAGAGAGCCGGAAGGCUGUAGCAUGGAAGCCACCGAGCGGUAGCUGGGAGGACCAGAUCGAUACGGUAGACAUGACGCGGAAUGAUAAGGGAGAACUGAUAGUGUGGCUUGGUUGGAAGAAUGGCGAAAAGUCUCAACACAAGGCGCAACAGGCUUAUACGCGCGCACCACAAAAGAUGCUCAAAUUUUACGAAUCCAAGAUCAACUUUACAAGUUCAUAGAACUUGCAAUUCUUUCGCAUUGGGCAAAAAGUCAAUUUUGCUUUAGUUAUACCGGGACCAUUUGUUACGCUGACAUUUUUUACUUAGUAUGGACUGGGCGUAAAGGAAUAUCAAUCAAAUACGAAUCCUAUUGCAUGUGAACGUUAAGUUCUGUGACUUUGUUGUUCCGACCUAUCGGUAUUUGGCGCUUUCACCUAAUCCCAUCUGGAAAUAAGCCAAACCAAAACUCAGUAUUGGGCUACAAAGUUGGACAGAACUUAAUUAGUGCCCGCGCAAACUGCGGCAAAACUCUUCACUUGGA